AUCCCCCUCCCGGUGGGUGGGUGUGUGUUCGUUCGUAAACGUGUGUGUGUUCUGCGUGAGUUUAUGUAUCAAGGAUAUAAUAGUUUUAUUCAUUCGGGAACAAGGCACCUCAGACGGAGGAACCUUGACUGCAUACUGGCAAGUCACACAGAAGAGUGUUUAACUGAAGAACUUCACUGUGAGACGAGAUGUUUCAGAUUAAAACGAUUUGCUGUAUAGGCGCUGGGUAUGUUGGAGGUCCGACAUGUAGUGUCAUUGCAAGCAUGUGUCCCGAGAUCACAGUAACAGUAGUGGAUGUUAAUGAAUCCCGGAUCAAAGCCUGGAACUCUGACACCCUGCCCAUCUACGAGCCGGGUCUGAAUGAAGUGGUGAUGUCUUGCCGUGGGAAGAACCUCUUUUUCUCCACAGAUAUCGACUCUGCCAUUAAAGAGGCAGAUCUGGUCUUCAUUUCCGUAAACACCCCAACUAAGACAUAUGGUAUGGGCAAAGGUCGUGCUGCUGACUUGAAGUUUAUCGAGGCAUGUGCACGGCGGAUUGUGGAGAUGUCGGAUGGGUAUAAAAUCGUUACGGAGAAGAGCACGGUGCCGGUCCGUGCAGCUGAGAGCAUCCGCAGGAUAUUUGAUGCAAACACCAAACCCAGCCUCAAUUUGCAGGUUCUCUCGAACCCAGAGUUCCUUGCGGAGGGUACAGCAGUGAAGGACCUGAAGGACCCAGAUCGCGUCCUGAUAGGUGGAGAUGAGACUCCAGAGGGUCAAAGGGCCAUCAGUGCUCUCAGUGCAGUUUAUGAGCACUGGGUCCCCAAAUCACGCAUAAUCACCACCAACACCUGGUCCUCAGAACUUUCCAAACUGGCAGCAAAUGCAUUCCUGGCUCAGCGCAUCAGUAGUAUAAACUCCAUCUCUGCCUUGUGUGAAUCCACUGGCGCUGAUGUCGAGGAGGUGGCCAGAGCCAUCGGUAUGGAUCAGCGCAUUGGGAGCAAGUUCCUCAAAGCCAGCGUGGGUUUUGGAGGAAGUUGUUUUCAGAAGGAUGUGCUGAAUUUGGUGUAUCUGUGUGAGGCACUGAAUCUCCCAGAGGUUGCUUCAUACUGGCAACAGGUGAUUGACAUGAACGAAUAUCAGAGAAAGAGAUUUGCCUGUCGGAUCAUUGACUGCCUGUUUAACACCGUUACGGGGAAGAAAAUCGCUUUGUUAGGUUUCUCCUUCAAGAAGGACACGGGAGACACCAGAGAGUCCUCCAGUAUCUACAUCUCUAAGUAUCUGAUGGACGAAGGAGCCAAGCUGCAUAUUUAUGACCCUAAAGUGCUGAAGGAGCAGAUAAUCCAGGACCUGUCUCAACCCAGCAUUUCCGGAGACAACCCAGAGAGAGUGUCUGAUCUUGUAACAGUGACGUCGGACCCCUAUGAGGCAUGUGAAAGUGCACAUGCCCUGGUCAUCUGCACAGAGUGGGACAUGUUUAAGGACCUGGAUUAUGAGAAAAUAUACCACAAGAUGUUGAAACCAGCAUUUAUCUUUGAUGGUCGACGAGUCCUGGACCAUCUGCACCCUCAGCUACAAAACUUUGGCUUUCAGAUCGAGACCAUUGGAAAGAAGGUGACAACCCGAAUUCCCUUCACACCAUCUGGAGGAGUUCCGCGAAUCAAUGAACCACCCAUCAAGAAAUCCAAAGCCUAGACACAGACUCAUACACACACGCAUGUGCACUUUACAUUGAUUAAAGUCUUUUGCUGAGAAAACCAAAGUAAUGUGUGACCGUUGCUGGAAAUCUGUUUGUAAAAAUGCAUGUGCUGUGUGUGUUGUGUGCGUGUGUUUCUGUCUUCAGAAUGUUUUUUUAAGACUGAGUUUUAUCUUUCAUGGCCGUUCACAAAAAUGCAGUGAUUUAAUGUUUUAAACACUUUGUCAUUUGUGUCUUGGUUUUUAAAAUCAUUAUUCUUGAAAUUUUUUAGAAUGUUCUCAUGUCUGUGCCAUUUCGGAAAAAAUUUGAAACGUCUAUUAACUGUACACAAAACUGAUGUUAAUACAUUAACAUCCCAGUACUGUUUAGUAGUAUAUUAUUGUUUACAGUUAUCAGUGUUAUCGUAGUGUAGAUUUUAAUGACAAAAUCAUCUACUUAUUUGAGAGUGAUGUCUGAAGGAGCAGCAACAGAAGGAAUGGCAACUUUUAAAUACUAGGACCAAGUGGGACAUAAAAAAACGCUGUUGCCUGAAAUUUGGCAUGUGAUACCAAAUAGCUGUUUGUGUCACUCCGUUAUUAAUCAUUUAUGAAUCCUCUGAUAUGUAUUGUUCAACCUGCACGGUGUAUGUUAUUGUAGAGUCACAGUUGUAGCUUUUAUAAAAUCAUCUCUUACUGUACAGGUUUAUAAUGGUCAUGUAUUAUGAUUGAAGAAAAUGUAAUUCUUAAAUAAAUAUGGACCAAUGAAA